AUGGUUUCAUCAAUUGAUUUACAAGCACUUAAUAUUUUUCUUAAUGGUCCAAUAACUCAUGAUAUGAUUCAUAAAUUAGUAGUUGCAACAUUACAAGUUAUACCAUGUAAAGAUACAAAAUCACAAACUUAUACAACAACAAACAAUACAAUUAAACAAUUACCAAGUUUAAUGACUUUUUUAACAAAAUUAAUUAAAUAUACAAAUGUUUAUACUGGAACAUUAAUGGCAACUUUAAUUUAUUUAAAAAAAUUACAACAAAAAUUACCAAAAAAUGCUCAAGGUUUACCAUGUACAAGACAUAGAAUUUUAUUAAGUUGUUUAAUAUUAAGUUCAAAAUUUCAUAAUGAUUCUUCACCAAAAAAUAAACAUUGGGCAAAAUAUACUGAUGGAUUAUUUAAUGUUAAAGAUAUAAAUCUUAUGGAAAGACAAUUAAUUUAUUUAUUAAAUUGGGAUUUAAAAGUUUCAAAUAGUGAAAUGAUUGAAAGUUUAGGUUCAUUUUUAGAUCCAAUAAAGAAUCAAUUAUUAAAACAAGAAAAAAUUAAAUUAUGGAAAAAACAACAAGCUCAACAACAACAACAACAAGCUCAAUUACAAGCUCAAGCUCAACAACAACAAGUCCAAUAUUCACCAUCAUCAUCAUCAUCAACUUCAUCUAAUUCAUCAUCAAGAUCAAAUUCAAUCAAAAAGGAAAAUCCAUUAUAUAAUCAAUUACAUUAUAGACAAGAUUCUACAAGUUCAAUUACUUCAAUUAAUUCAAUAGAAUCAAAUUAUCUGUUACAUUCUACAAAUUCAGCUAUUACAACAAUAAGUUCAUCAAAUUCUUCAAAUUCUUUAAAUCAAUUAACUAAACCAAUGGAAGUUGAUCCAAUUAUUGAAUUUACUGCAAUGAAAGAAGAAAUUGAAUUAAAUGAAUUAUUAAAAAAAUUUAAUAAUAGUUCAAUUAGAAUUUAG